UGAUGCUUCUGAGUUUGAGUUUGAGCUCAGCGGCCACCCGCUCCCAUCACCUCCUCAUCAAGUUCGGGGCAAAGUCGCACAUUUUCAAAUCAUCGAUCACAUUCGAUAUGUUUUUAUUUGUGUCGUUAUUUAAUAAUUAUAACAGUUGAUGAAACGUCACAAACGUCUCUGAGAAGCCGUUAGACUCCAAGAAGCGGAUGGGGGAGUUCGGGGAGGCAGAAUACGAAUAGGGAGGGUGUGCACUUCAGCAGAAACGGCAAAUUGAAUUAGAAACAAUUUCGGAGAGUUGCAGAAGUUUGACGCGAGACUCGAGAGCUACGCGUUGGAGUGGAAGGAAACAUCAUGUUUGCCUCUGCCUCGCAGCUUCUCUUGCUACUGUGUUGUCUUCCUUUGGCAACUUGUUUGACGUGUUAUACGUGCGUGUUUCCUGCCAUUUCUCCGAUGGACUGCCUGAAGUUUCCCGAGCAUUGCGCGGAUGGACAUCGCUGCCUGUCCAGCGUCGCAACAGCAACACGAGGUGCACUUCAGAUCACCUUGUACGAAAAAAGCUGCGCUGUUCCUUCUCAAUGUGGUGUGAGCGGGCAGAAAUACACCAGCGGCCUUUAUUUCAACUACACCAACGUGUGCUGCAAUACAGACCUGUGUAACGGGGCGUCGGCGCUCGAUGCCGCCAAGUGGAGAGGAGCGGCACUCUGCCUGCUCCCUGCGCUGAGCCUCUUGCUCGCCUGAAAGCUCCCACGGACGCGACGUGACAUGUCACUCUCUGCCCCGUGUCAGCCAAAUAAUUUAAGAAUGACUUCAAGGCUACUAAACUACAUUGCACCCCCCAACCCAGUGGUUCUUCUUAAUGGGGUCCGCGAGCUUUAAAAAUCAACAUCAGUGCGAUUAUUUUUAACAAGUGCCAAACUACCACGGGUGUGAAGAAAAAAAACGAAUUUGAAUCGUGGAAAAAAAAUCGUGUUGAAAUAAACUGAUUAUAAAUUAUUAUUGUCAUUACUGUACUAUCCUUGUAUCUUAUCGCGCCGCCUGCAUUGAAAUAGGCCUUUGAGAUGUGGAAGCCAAAGUUCAGUUGCUCCACUUGAAAAUGUACAUUUGUACGGUUCUUGAAA